CGUUUUUUAAUUUCUUCGCAAAUCAUUGUUUUAAGAAAACACCCCUUAGUUUGAGUGUUUGACCAAUUUUUUCUCCACUUAACACCAAGUUAGGAACCCUAGAAUAUAUAUACUGCUAUUUAAGCUCUUAGCCUGGUCUCCCGAUCAAUUGCCGCUAACAAAUAGAUACAAGAACUGUACGUUCAAAACAAAACAAAGAAGAUAUGAGAGCUGCGGGCUAGUUUUCUAAACAAAAAGUUACCCAUUUUAUCUUUUCUAUUUAAAAACCGCCCCAUAUCAUCUCCGGUGGAGACGGUGGAGUUCCCCCUUAACGUUGCUCUGCGUGAAUUGCAAAAGUCAUGUGAAAACGAAUCUCCGGCGAACCUGACGAUAUCGCCGUUCGGUAUCUCAGUAAUACUCCACAUGAUUGCCCACGGCGCAGCAGGGCCUACCUUAAUUAGAUCAACUCCUUCACUUUCUCAACGUAGAAAAGAUUGAAGAUUUGGAUUCAAAGGCCCCAAAGCUAAUGCAGAUAGCCAAAUCUUCCGGCAAUCAUGGAUCGAAUGACGGUCCAGUAAUCUGCAAUUUUAAUGCCGUUCUUGCGAAUAAAAAAUGUACUCUCAAGGAAAGUCACAAAGAAUUUCUGGAAAAUAUGUACCAUGCUAAAGUCAAGUACGUCGAUUUUUCUCGCGGGGCUGCAGGUGUAGAUGAGGUGAAUGAAUGGGUUAUUGAUGAGACCAAAGGGCUUAUAAAACCGCUUCUUCUUAGGAAUGCCUUUGACAAUAAAUAUUUAACCCUUAUCCAUGCGAAUGGGCUUUAUUUCAAAGCAACCUGGGAAAACGAGUUUGAGCCAUCAAAUACACGAACGGAGAAAUUCCACCUUCUUGGGGAAAAAGUGGAUUACCCACCUGUCGUCGAAGUACCAUUCAUGAUGAAAUAUGGAAGCACUUACGCACACGCUUCCUUUGACGACUACAAUGUUCUUAGGAUGCCCUAUAAAUCAGGGCAUGGAGAUAGGAAAUCAGGAAGACGUUUCUCCAUGACCAUCAUCCUCCCGAAUGAAAAGGGUGGGUUGCCAAAACUAGCCGACAAAAUGAGACAAAACCCUUGUUG